AUGUGGUUCAAGUUUCCUAUCUUGGCGAUUCUGGCUCUCUCGACCUCGGCCAGCUCGAGCUGCGCUGCGGAAGACUCAACACCACCUGUUGUGACGGUCAAGAACGGGUCAUAUGCGGUCAUCCACAGCCCGGAGUACAAACAGGAUUGGUUUCUUGGUAUCCGUUAUGCCGAGGCAAAUCGGUUCACCAGGCCUAAGCCACUCAAUGAGACUUGGGUCGGGACAAGGAACGCUACUGUCUAUCCACCUCAUUGCGUUGGCUAUGGGAACAGCGUAGCCUACCCGAUGGUUGAAGACUGCUUAUUUCUUAAUGUCAUCCGUCCUGCAAAAAUUGGUGAAGAUGCCCAACUUCCCGUGGCUGUAUGGAUUUACGGCGGAGCACUACUGAAUGGAGGCAGUGCUGAGCCAGAGUACAACCUGACCUUCAUUGUGGAAAAUGGUAUUCGCCAAGGCUCUCCUUUCAUAGGAGUAAGCAUCAAUUAUCGUUUGUCAGCCUUUGGCUUCCUCACCGGGCAGCAAGCCGUAGAUGAGGGUGUAGCAAAUAUCGGUUUCCGCGACCAGCGCCAGGCCCUGCACUGGGUUCAAUACAUAAAAGAAGACAAAUAUCGUCGCGAUGACGGUCUUUUCUACGCAGCAGUUGAUGCCAUUCCUUGUUUGCGGAAUUUGCCGUUUGAUGAAUUAGACGACGUGUUGAACGUCACUAGUCUUCAGUACUGGCCGCCUACGCUUGAUGGCGAGUUCAUCGCUGACUUCCUUACGAAUCAACUGAACAAUGGCAAUUUCGUCAAAGUUCCAAUAUUGAUCGGUACCAACACCGACGAGUCAACUAUCUUCUGGGGUCCUUCGGGCAUCAAUGAGACCGGUAUCUAUACGGAAGCCGAUUUCCUUGCCGAUGUUCAAGAGCCAUUUGGUGCAAAUGUCAACAUUACUGCCAGUAAAACCAAGGAACAGCUUGCCGCAGAAAUCUCACUUCUGUGGCCUAACAUUCAAGCCAUCGGCUUGCCCGAUUUUGAAACAUGGCCCAUCAUUCUCACUCCAAAAUCUACGUAUUCGCAAGACCUAGGCUUGCAAUGGCGUCGUGGCAGCGCCUUUUGGAGCGAUUAUGUCAUGCACUAUGCUCGAAGACGGAGCAACUUGGCCUGGUCGAAAUUCGGGGUGCCCAGUUAUAGUUACCGGUUCGACGUGCCUCCUAAUGGUGGCGAGCCUCACCUCGGAGUUUAUCAUGGUACAGAAAUUGCUUUUGUAUUCUCCAAUAUUAACGGGGAUGGCUACUCUGUGAAUCUAAUUGGCAACCUCACCUCUCAUCGGGAGGUUGCCCUGGAUAUUUCACAUGCAUGGGUCAACUUUUUCACCACGAGGGACCCUAAUGGGAAACGUGCAUUGCGCGUCACAUGGCCAGCUUACAAUGCUACAGAAGGCGGUGGUGUAGGCAAAAACAUUGUCUUCUCAGCUGCUGAUGGAAACCACGUGGAAUAUGAUGACUUCAGGGCGGAGGGGAUCAAGUGGCUGAUUGAUAACGCUUUGACCGUUUUUAACGUCUAG